GUUUAAUUCCAUAUUUUGUUUAAGGACGAGGAAUUGUCACAACAGAAGAGAUAAAACAAGGAGACUAUGUACUUUAUUACGCGGGAAAAAUGAAGGACGAGUGUUCCUUCGCGGACGACUCUUACGUAUUCGCGUUAAUGUUUGGGAGGAUGACACUAUGGAUUGAUGCUUCUGUGGACGAUGGGAGUUAUGCCAGGCUAAUUAACGAUAAUCAUCAAUCCCCAAAUUUAGUUGUCAAACUUGUUAAUGUGGAUGGGGUGCCUUAUGCUGCAUUCUUUGUGGCAAGAAAUAUUGAAAAAGGGGAAGAAAUUGAAUACAAUUAUGGUGGACCCAGUCACCAGUAUUGGUGGAGAAAGCAAAACCCUUCUGAAAGUUAUGCAACAGUUUUAGCGGACGAGCAGUCAGCUCAAUCAGAAUCUGUAGAAAAUGGCAUAAUCUCUGAAACUUCCCAAGUCGAUCUCAGAAGACACAGCAGUUCUCAACAAAAAUCUGUUGUUGCGAGUGAUUGUGAGUUUGAGGACUACCUUAGCAGUGGUUCCUCUUAUGUGCCCGAUACUGAUCCAGAGAUGGAGGAAUCAGAUGAUGACUGUUUUAUUCCAUUGAUCAAGAGAACACUGCAAAAGGAAAAACUACACAUGCAGAAAUGCUCAGAUGUUACUGAGCCAAGUCCCUCAACUGCAAGAUUUGAAGAAAUACACAGCAAUUUGUCAAGUCAGUUGUACCACUUCACUAAAUAUUCAGCAAACAUAAACAAAAAUAGUGAAGGUUCAUGCAACAAAAAAAUGCAAACAAGAAGAAUGAUUCUGUCAGUUUUACCACUGAUGGUGAAGCUUUCUUGAAUCAACCAUCAGUUGAUAAGACCCAAGCUAAAAAAGGGAAAAAACCAAAGAGGCCAUGUCCCUUUUGUGAAUCUUUUCAGUCAAAGCUAACAAGACAUCUACAAAAAAAAAAACAUCUAAAUGAAAAAAAAGUAUCAGCUGCUCUCAAGUUACCAAAACCAGAAAAAGAUAGAGCCUUUGAUUGCUUGAAAAAAGAGGGCAUUUUUAAAUUCAACAAAAGUCAAAUGAAACAAGGUGGUGCAAAAUAUAUUCGAGAGAGAGAGCAGGGGAAUUCUGACUUGAUAAUGUGUGGCCAAUGCAAAGGUCUUUUUGCUCGUGAGUAUUUUCACCGCCAUAAAGAGAGGUGUAAUGAAGGGGAAAGUGAAAAGAGUGGUGCGGUUUCAAUACCAUUGUCAUUGAUUUCAACUGCAAAAGAAGAACAAAGUUUUAGAGAUUGCAUUUUAUCAAGAUUUCAAAAUGAUGAGGUUGGUGAGAUCUGCAGGAAUGAUGUCAUGAUAAAAACAGUUGGAAGAAAGCAAUACGAAAAAAUCCACAGAAAAAAAGAUAAAAAAACUGAAGUAAGAAGAUAUACCAUGAGUGUUAUGAGAAGACUUGGGAACUUAUAUAUUGCCUUCAAAAACAUCGCUCACCAAGAGGGAAAGCAAGUAAGCUCUUCUGAAUGUAUGUUACAGAGAUCCUAUUUUCCAAUUUUAGAACAGGCAAUUGCAGAACUCACUCUGAAUGAAGACGAUGGAAUUAAGUCUGGCCUAAAACUCAGUAUAGGUUAUCUGUUGAAAACAGCUGCCAAAAUCAUGAAAGCCACGUACCUUAUUGAAGAUCAAGAUUAGAAAGCUGAAGGAAUUGAUAAAUUUGUGUCAAUACUAAAUAUGAGAUGGCCUUCUGUAUUUGGUGAUGCUGAAUAUGCAGUUGUGAAAAGCAGACAAGAAAAGCUUAGAAAACCUGCUCAAUUGCCAUUUGAAUCUAACAUUGAGAGGGUUGGAAAAUACACAGUACAGAAAACGAAGUCUCUUUUAAAUGAAGAGUACUUAAUGUGGGGAGAAAGCGAGUAUAAGGAACUUCGUGAUCUUGUAGUUUCCAGACUUACUCAAUUCAAUGAACGCAGAGGAGGUGAGCCCAGUAGAAUGUUGCUUACAGAAUGGAAAGAUGCAGAAUCUGGAGUGUGGAUUGAUGAAAAUGCGGCUGAAAACAUUUCAAAUCCAGUUGAAAAGGCUCUACUGGGGAAGUACAAAAUAGCAUUCCAGGCAGGAAAAGGGACGAAACACUUGGUUCCUGUACUUAUUCCAAAUGACUGCCUUGAAGCUCUUAGAAAACUAAGUAAUUCUGACAUACGAAAAGAGGCUGGUGUAAACCCAUUAAACCAGUUCCUCUUUCCAUACACACGAAAAUCAGAGGACCAUGUAAGUGGAUGGCAUGCUGUAAAUGAGAUCUGCAAGGCUGCAAAAAUAAGUAAUAAAAUAACAGCAACAAAAAUGCGCCAUAGAGCCUCUACAAUUUACUCAAGUCUUGAAGUCCCAGAAGGAGAGAGGGAGAUAUUUUACCGCCACAUGGGUCACUCACGGGAUAUGAACCAGCAUGUUUACCAACAAUGUCCAAUGGCUGUAGCUGCAAUUACCAAAGUUGGUAAAUACUUUGAUAACCUAGAGAACAAACCACGAAAAAUGAAAAGCCAAGAACCACACAGACUUUUAAAUGAGAAAAGUGGAACCAGUACUGAUGAAGCAGGGGAUUCAGAAAGAACAGAUGUAGUUAAUUUUCGCACUAAGCCAGGGCGUAGCUACGUACAAUGGAAACAAGAUGAAACUACAUUAGUGAAAUCUCAUUUUAAGGAGUGGGUGGAGGAUGACACAAAAUCAGAUGCCAAGGGUUCUUUACCAGGUGUCAGUAUCUCAGCUGGAGACUGUGCCACUGAAUCUCCAAGACUUCUCUCUGAAAUACAGUUCAAUAAAUCCAUGUUAAAGAUAUAGAAUAUGUGUGUGCUCCUAUGUGAAUAAUGCAAGUAUUUGAAUUGAACCCAAGCCCUGCAUACACACCUAUCAGAAUCAUCAGAAGAGCUGUAGUGAGAACACUGCGCUGCUGAUUUCCUUGCUCCAUGCUCGGUGCCUGUGUGAGUGCAGAAUGAGGAGAGCUCAAGAACUGCAGUGUGGGAAGAUGAGACAGAAGCUGCACACGUGACCGAUG